GACAGGCAGUUCUACUAGACCACAGUUGAGAAGUAAAUGCGAAACUAACGAAACAUUUUGCACUCAGUACAAACGAUAAACUUUUAUUUGGAGAAAAACAAUCACCUAUCAGCUGUCUACAUACAAAUAUUCAGUUAAACAUUCUUUCUAAACAGUUAUUUGAAAUUUUGCGAGUUUUUAUGGGGAAUUGACAGUGCCAUCUGGAUGCCGCAUACAUAACCUUUAAAUCGCGUUGUUUAUUUACGUUUAGGCAAAGGAUUGUUUGGAUUAAUGCUUCCGUGUUCUUACUUGUAAAAUAAAAAUAUUUCAACAAUGCAAGAUAACAUCGAAAAACAAAAACUGCUGUAUAAUACAGUAUUAGCUCAGACAUUCUCGCCAAAUGGUAAAUUUUUGAUAUGCAGCAACAUUUAUGGUGAUAUCUCGGUAUUUGAUAUCCCAAAGGCCCUAGGACCCACUAAAGAGAACGACAAUGAUCUCCAAGGACCCAUGUACAAAAUCCCAGCAUAUACUGAUCAUCACGUCGAAAGUAUGGUGACAACAGACAAUUUUUUAGUAACCGGCACAGCCGGUGAGAUUAGUGGUUGGGACUGGAAGACUUUGACAUCGGAUAAGGCAUCGAAAAUUAAAGUGUCAUGGACCGUCCAAAUGCCAGUGGACAGGGAUACUUCAGAGAAACCUGAUGUUAAUUAUAUGGCCUAUUCAAAACCAAAUCAUAUACUCUAUGCUGGCUGCGGUGAUAACAAAAUUUACGCUGUUGAUAUGGAGCAUGGGAAAAUUCUCAGGAAAUUCGAAGGACACACCGAUUAUAUUCACAACUUAGCCCUAUUGAAUAAUCAACUCGUGUCAACGAGUGAAGAUGGUUCAGUGAGAGUCUGGGAUUUACGUAAAAAUGAAAAUACAAAUGUCAUCCAACCAUAUCUAUUUGAAAAAAUAGCAAGACCGACAUUGGGAAAAUGGAUAGGAGCAGUUGACUUUACGGAAGAUUGGCUGGUGUGUGGGGGUGGCCCACGUUUAUCAUUGUGGCACCUUAGAACAAUGGAACCAGCGACUAUCUUCGAACUUCCAGAUGAAGGAAUUCAUGUCGCCACUAUUUAUGAAGAGCGAAUAAUCGCCGGAGGGGCAAUGCCCCACGUUUAUCACCUCAGCUAUCAAACCGAUAUUCUUGCAAAGGUACCUACCUCAAGCAAUACAGUCUACAGUAUUGUCUAUCGUGAGACUCCCCAGAAAAUCCUAAGCAUUGCUGGAUCCAGUAAUAAUCUGGACAUUUGCACAAACUUCAAUUAUAGAGAAUUCAUGUUGAGAUUUGCGUGAAAUAUUUUUGUAAUUGUUUAUACUGGAAGUAUAUAUUUUGGGAGAGAUUAGAUAGGAAAAAAAUGAAAACCAGUUGUUUAUAGAGAACUGUGUUUAUGCGAAGAGAUUAAAAACAGACUGAAGUGAUAAACUCAUUCUUUUGACAAUGUAUUACAAUGUAUCACGUUUUUUUUAGUAUUUAGUCGGAUUGAGUGGAGUAAAGUGGACUUUUCAUUCAAUAUUCUCAAACGAGGGGAACGGACUUAUCAUAUCAAUUCAAAUAUUUAAAUUAUAAAUAUAUAUGUAAGGCCCAAGUGAAUUAUCCUUCAAAUCUUAUAUUGAUUUUUUUUGCAUUUUUACAUUCACCAUAUUUUUUUCUAUCUGAUAUAAUAUUAUGCGUACUCAUAAAAGACUCCAAAUAUCAACUCAUAUAAUUUCAGAUUAAUUAUAUAAUAGGAAAAAAAAAACAAAUAAGUUUUGAAAGGUAAUCCUUUAAGAAUCAAAAGUACCACAUUACUCCUGUCAUUUUCUCCCUCCAAUGCUUCCUACACGUAUAAAAUUAAUCCCUUCAUUCGGCUUUGGGUUUGACUUGAGGGUCUUUAUAAUGAAGAAAUACUAGAGAGAAAAUAAAAACGCCUGCCAUCAUGGAGAAGGCACUAGCAUAAUAUGGAUAUGCACUUGGAAUGAAACGUUCGUACUGUGUAUGCUGUAGAGGUCGUACAGAUACUUGCGUAGUGCUGUACAAAUGGGUGAGGCCAAUUCUCUUGUAAUCGACCUUGAAUUGAUAAACUCCGUAGACAUCGGGUAUUUUGAAUCGUGCCUCGUACUUCCCAUAACCAGAGGGUGUCAUCGUCAUCCUGACGAAUGGAUCAAUUCGUACAAACUCGAGUUGUAGAUCGUUGGCUUCGUACGGUACCCACUUAUCACCUGAGAGUUUCUCAACUGUGAUUGAGUAAAUGACGUCCUCCAUGAUUGUAUAGGCAGCUGGAGGCUUGUCUUCACCAAUCCUGUAAUGAUCUACUGAGGAAACACGAAUCACACCGUUCUCUUUGAAUACCCAUUGAGUCAUGGCUUUUGCUACUGCUUCAUUUCCUGAUUUUUCGUAUUUUUUUCCACCUGAAAUCAAUGACAAUUCAUUUAAUGCCAAGGAUAAGACACAUUGCCUAAUUAUCUUAACUGUACCGUCUUGGUAAUGAUUUUACCAUCAUCAUGCUUUGAAUAAAAAAUAAAUACAAAUUAAACGAGCUCUUUCAAAAAGUUAUUUAAUAAAUGCAUUAAAAAUAUGAAUGUCACACGAGUUAAAUUUUACCUUGAGCUUUCUGAACAGAGCUAGUAAAGGCCUCGUCACUAAAGAAGAAUAGAGACCCCGAGAAAAGUACGCGAGCAUUGUUCCUUGCUUGCAAUGCAGCAAUCAACAAAGUGUUUUUCCCUACAGCGUGAGGAUACUCUUUAACAGGCUGAUCAGAGUUGUAAGAGUAGGCCGAGCUCGAAGCAGUGAGUAAUCGGAGCACUAGCGGAUUCUCCGGAUCAGCAAUGAGUCCAGUUCCCUGGUAAAGAAGUGGAGCAACAUCUUUGCUCCCCACGAUGACUGGGGCGUUGAUGAGAUUCUCAGCGUCUGCGACGAUCGUUGUGUGGUGACCACUGUCACUGACAUCGUAAUUGAGGUGAUCGAUAACUGUUGCUCCUUCUUCAUCGACUUCAAAGCCAUUUUCCGAAGCUAGCUCUCGCAGAACAUCUCCAGAUUGAGAAGAUCCCGCCACUAGAACAUUGCCACCUCCGUCAAUGAAAUCUGUUACAGUGUCGACAUUCAGAGCUCCACCAAACUCUUCCACUGAUGGUGCGAAUAUUAUCAGAUGUUUGUACAGAAAUUCGCCGUAUUUGGAGAGCACCAAGUUAGCGUCAUCUGCCAGUUUGAAGGUCAGAGUGUAAUCGCGAUCUGAAAUAUGACAAGUUAAAAUAACAAAAAGAAAAAUAAAAUAAUGUAGAUUAAUUAAUCAAUUAAAUGGAUAUUUUUUUCGUCACUAUUAAAUAAUAACACAAUAAUAAUUAUCCCCAAAAACUCCUAUUACACAGUGGGAGAGGUUAAGUUGGGAAAGAUAAAUAUUUCAAUACCUUGAAGCCAUUUGAAGAAGAUGGAGUGUGUUUCCUUAAUAGCAAGAUUAUCGAGGAGCACCAGGGUGGGCCCACCGGCACUAACAGCAGCGAAUGUGCAGAGAAAUCCUAGAAAACUAAUUCUGUAUUUUGGCAUUGUAAAUUAUUUUCUCAAUACGUCACAACCAAA